CUCUUUACAAGCACACGAGCAGCAGGCAGCAGGCAGCAACAUCAUGUCUGCGUGCACCUCUCCCCCAGCAGCGACGAGAUAAUACUAGACUGCACGACGACGACGACGGCAGUGCACGCCCCGAUCGGCACCUUCACAAUGGGCACAGACGCCAGCGCCCCCGAGGACGUCGUCGCCCCCGACAUCACCAGCGGCGGCGCGCAGCCCCCUCCCACCGCGCACAUCACACCCCCCGCCACCACCACGCGCUCCCACUCGCUUCCCCACAUCCACAGCUGCUGCCCCGCCAGCAGCACGAGCACGAGCACCAGCCCCCCUCCUCACCCCGCGCCAAACAGCCUCAACCUCCACCUGACGAUGAACGCCGCGUCCCCGUCGUCGCCCUCUCCCUUGACCCCGCACCAUCCCUCGCCCGCGGCGCCGGUAUACGUCCUCGCGAGCGACGGCUCGCUGUUCCUAGUCGACCCGAGCAAGGCGCCGGAGAACGAAGCGCCGCCAGCGUACGCGCCGUUCGGGGACCGCCCGCGCGCCGCGACUGUCUCUGGUGCGGUGCGACCCGCCAUCUCGCCCCGCCGCUCGGUGCGCUCCGGCUCAGACCUGUUCGUCGACGAGACGACCCCGCUCAUCCCCCGCGCGGCGCAGCCGCCCUACUCCCCCCCCUCGGCGUGGGGUGCCGUGCUGUACGGCGACGACGAGGUGAUGCUCGGCGCGCCGCGCGCCUCGGCGUGGAGGCGAUACUGGCGCCCGGUGGGCCAGUCCGCCGCGUGGAAAGCCCUCUUCCACACGCUUGUCAUCAACUUCCCCUGGGCACUCGCCCUCUGGCCGCCCCUACUCGUCGGCACGCUGGUCGGAACCGCGCUGCUUAUCACGCUGCCGAUCGGCGCGGUCUUCUGGUGGCUCACGCUCGUGCUCGCCCGCUGGGCCGCACGUGUCGAGCUGCGCAUGCAGGCGUACUUCCAUGGCGUGGGGCGCGUGCCCCGCCGGCCGAUCUUCCACCGUGAUGGCGAUGACGCCGGCUUCCUCAAACUCUCGUGGGCAAUGCUCUCUGACUAUUACUCGUACUCGGCCCUCUCGUAUUUCCUCCUCAUCAAGCCGCUUGUCGUGCUGCCGAGCUUCAUUGCGCUCGUCGCACUGUUCCCGAUCGCCCUCGCGCUCUUCCCCCUCCUGCCCGUCUUCCUCCGCGCCAACCGGCGCUUUGGCAAGUGGCAGGCUAGAGUGGCACUCGAGAACCUGGCGUAAGCGAAGCCGAGGUGCGAGGUCCGCGACGAACAAUCGUCACUCGGCAUGAUGAUACCCGGCCUAUGCGCGCCCCUCUGUCUCUAGUCCCCAGUUUCGGUUCAUUUUGGUCUUGGAAUCAGUUCCCCUUCGUUCCAUUUGUAUCUGGUCGUCCUGUUGUUAUGCAUCAGUCUAGCAGGAG